AUGGAUGUCAGAGAGUAUGUCUACAGUACCGUCGUGGGCGUUCCGCUCAAAGCGGAUGUCCACUAUAAGUCUUUGACAGAUGAUGGUGUAAAAGAGGCUGGACCAAUUAUUAUUAUAAUCUAUAGUGGUGGCUUUGUCAAUAGGUCAAAGACAGGAGUCUCCAAGGCUCGGCUUAAGUCACUUAUUCACGAGUUCGGCUUCACUGUUAUGGUGCCAGACUAUCGCCAUUGCCCGACUGUUUCUCUCAUUAAGGGCCCUAUCCCGGAUAUUCAUGCUUGCUUCUCAUGGAAAUGCAAGGAGGUCAGGGUCAUUGGCUCAUCUGUAGGUGGCAACCUAGCUUUACACCUAGGAUCUGCUACAUCUCCACCCACGGCUAUAGUAUCUUACUUUCCUGCUGUAUACCUGGACGAUCAAUUCUGGCAUUCUCCGAUGGAAGUCUUUUCCCAGGUUCUUCGUUUUCCACAAGCCUUCCUUAAUAAGGUCAACAGCAAGAGUGUUAUCACAUCUACUCCUUCAUCAUUCAAGAGGUUACCCGGUAGUCCAGAACCUAUGCCGGAUUUAUCUAGGCCCCAGAAUGCUUAUCUCUUAAGUAACCUGCGAGACAGAACUUUAUUCCGAAAUAUCGUGCAAGACGGUAAUUACAAGCGGGUUAAUCCCGUAGAGCUAUUUUCAGCUAAAUUCCCACUAACCUGCUUUAUUCACGGUACUGAGGACAAGAUGGCCCUUCCAAGAUUCUCAAAAGCUGCAUAUAAGUUCUUAAGGUCGUUUGAUGUGAAUUCAGAGCUCCUGGUUGCAGAUAGUUAA